CCCGAGCCCUCAAUUUUGUGCCGUGGCGUUUUCACGCGGCCCCCGCAGCCCUCCGGCACGGCCGCUGCGCCCGCUCCCAACCCGGGUGGAGGAGCCGAGCCCCAGGGGGGCCUGACCCUGCCGUCGGCACCCCAAAAAACCUCUCUCUCUGCUCCGGUCCCAGGGGAGAACCCCGAGGUGUCAGCAGCGGCUCCCCCCGCUCGGCGUCGCCCCAUGAGCACCGCAGCCCCGAGCGCACGCCCCGCCGAGCACACCGCCCUGGGGUCCGCUGUGAUGUGACACGGGGACGGCACAGGGUGCUCCCAGCUGACACGGCGGCCCUACAUGCCGAUGCCUCCAGCCCUGCCCGCUGAGCCCCAGCCUGCAGCAUGUCCCAGCUCUCCUCCACGCUGAAGCGCUACGUCGACUCGUCGCGCUAUGCCGAGGCCACCUACGGCAGGGUGCCCGGCGGCUACAGCUCCUACACCUCCUACGGCUCCACCCUGACCACGGCCUACGCCGACAGCGACAAAAUCGGCUUCAAAGCCAGCUACCUGCCCUCCCCCCGCUACCACCACUCGGGGCUGUCCCCCACCAGCACCUACGACAGCGGCCGCCUGCCCCUCUACCCCGAUUCUGGCAUCCGCCUGAGCCCCGCUUACCUCCGCACCCAGCACCGGCCACCCGGCGGGGGGCUGAGCGGGGGCUCGUGCUACACCUUCACGGGGACCCCCAGCAGCCCCUCGGGCUACCUGCCCAGCUCGGCACCCCUCAGCCGUCGCAAAUCCAUCAGCCACUCGGACCUGGUGCAGGAGUUUUCGGGGCUGCGCACCUCGGAGAGCGCCUACGCCUCCAGCCCCGGGGCGCGGGGCCGCCAGGAGCUCGGCGCCCUGCAGGGUCUGUACCAGGCCGCCGCACACUCCGACUACGUCCGUGACUACCUGGAGAGCUGCGAGAGGAAGAGCAGCCACUGCAGCUUCCCCUGCAGCCCCCCCGGACCCUCCCAAGCUGCCCUGUCCUCAGCCGGCACCCGCGGUGCCAGCCAGCCCUGCGAGAGGAGCGAUGGCUACGGCAGCACCUCUGCCCCUGACCCCCUGAGCUCCAAGGCGGUGCAGGGGCUGACCGGCCUGCGCAACCUGGGCAACACGUGCUUCAUGAACUCCAUCCUGCAGUGCCUGAGCAACACCAGGGAGCUGCGGGAUUACUGCCUGCAGAACCUCUACCUGCGGGACCUCAACAACAACAGCCGCAUGCGCACCGCGCUCAUGGCAGAAUUCGCCAAGCUGAUCCAGCUGCUCUGGACCUCGUCCCCCAACGAGAGCGUCAGCCCCUCCGAGUUCAAGACGCAGAUCCAGCGAUACGCCCCCCGCUUCGUCGGCUACAACCAGCAGGACGCCCAGGAGUUCCUGAGGUUCCUCCUCGACGGGCUGCACGGGGAGGUGAACCGCGUGCUGGUGCGGCCGCGGGCCAGCGCCGACACCCUGGACCACCUCCCAGACGACGAGAAGAGCCGCCAGAUGUGGAGGAGGUACCAGGAGAGGGAGGACAGCAGGGUCAGCGACCUCUUCGUUGGGCAGCUGAAGAGUUCCCUGACCUGCAGCGAGUGCGGCUACUGCUCCACAGCCUUCGACCCCUUCUGGGACCUCUCCCUGCCCAUCCCCAAGAAAGGCUACGGCGAGGUGACGCUCAUGGACUGCCUGCGGCUCUUCACCAAAGAGGACGUCCUGGAUGGGGACGAGAAACCGACCUGCUGCCGCUGCAAGGCCAGGACGAGGUGCACGAAGAAAUUCAGCAUCCAGAAGUUCCCCAAAAUCCUGGUGCUCCACCUGAAGCGCUUCUCGGAGGCGCGGAUACGAGCCAGCAAGCUCACCACCUUCGUCAACUUCCAGCUGAAGGACCUGGACCUGCGGGAAUUCGCCGCGCAGAGCUGCAACCACGCCGUUUACAACCUCUACGCCGUCUCCAACCACUCGGGCACCACCAUGGGGGGACACUACACCGCCUACUGCAAGAGCCCCGUCUCCGGAGAGUGGCACAGCUUCAACGACUCCCGUGUCACCCCGAUGUCCUCCAGCCACGUGCGCAGCAGCGAUGCCUACCUGCUCUUCUACGAGCUGGCCAGCCCGGCCUCCCGCAUGUAGCCCCCCCGGGCACCCCCCCACGGAGCUGGACACCCCCCCAGGAGCUGGACACCCCCCCGGAGCUGGACACCCCCCCAGGAUUUCGGCUUUUAGCCCCCCAAACCCCCCUUUUGGGUGCAGCUUGGAGGC